AAUGAUUGCUCAGAGAUAACCUCGACACCAGUCCAUACAGUUCCUGUUAACCUCCGUCGCAUCGGAGUCGACAGGAAGAAAUAAACAAAAAACCAAACAAAGCAACAAAAAAAAGGAAAACAGUUUCUAAGCAGAAUCGCAUUUUUCUCCCCUGCAGGUUUCCAAAUCUGAGAGCCCAACCUCCAAUCUACGCGCCAGCCAAGAAAUGGAUAAGACAGUGAUCCUGGCCUACAGCGGGGGACUGGACACGUCUUGCAUCCUCGCCUGGCUCAUCGAACAGGGAUACAAAGUCGUCGCUUACACGGGAAACGUGGGCCAAGAAGAGGACUUCGACGAGCUGAAAAAGAAGGCUCUGAACAUCGGCGCCACCGAAGUGAGUCCCCCUCCUCCUCCCCGCACGUCCGCUCGGUCGGGCUGCGGACAGCGGACUGAGGGCCAGCCGCUCGCACGGCUCGGACGAGAUCGUGACGUCAUGGAUGACGCGGCCGUGGGACGUCAAGCGCGACUCGCCAACAGCACGACGUCAUCGAUGACGUAUCGUGCGCCCUCGUUGCCUGGGAGCCGUUCGACGGGGAUCGAGAACGCAUGCAAUCUAUUCCGCUCUUCAUUCUCUGAUUCUAUGAUGGAUCCUGCGUCUCGUCCGCGUGGUGACACAGGUGGUGAUCGACGACCUGCGAUCCGAGUUCGUGGAGGACUUCAUAUACCCCGCCCUGGAAGGGAGCCUCGUGUACGAAAGCAGGUACCUGCUGGGGACGUCCCUGGCCAGGCCAUGCCUCGCCAAGGGGAUGAUGAAGGCGGUUGCGGCCAGGGGAGCCCGGUUCGUCUCGCACGGGGCCACGGGAAAGGGGAACGACCAGGUCCGAUUCGAACUCGCUUGCUACGCGAUCGACCCGUCCGUGCAGGUGAGUUGUUCACAGGGGGAAGGAAUCGAGGUCUGGGGUCCGUUUCCCGACGGAUCAAGAUGACCCCCUUAAGCGAAUUCGUGCGCCUCGGGAAGAAGUCGGAAGCAAGCUCUGGGAUUUCCGUCCUGUCGCAGGUGAUAGCCCCGUGGCGAAUGCGGGAGUUCGUGGAGCGAUUCCGCGGCCGGAAAGACCUGAUGGCGUACGCGGAGAAGCGAGGGAUCCCCGUCCCGGUCACUCCGUCUGCGCCCUGGAGCAUGGAUGCGAACCUCAUGCACAUCAGCUACGAGAGCGGGAUCCUGGAAGACCCGUCGUGCUCGCCCCCGUCCGACUUGUACCAGAUGACCGUCGCUCCCGAGAAGGCAAUCGACCAGCCUCAGUUCGUCCGCGUCCACUUCGUCAAAGGUUCGGAGUCCUUCUCGACUUUUGCGCCUCUCGUCGUGUGACUAGUUUUAAAUCCAUGAAUCCACCUCGAGGAAUGGAGUCGGAGAAGUCGGGUCCAAAUUUUCCCAAAUUUUCUAUUUCUGACCGAAUCUGCUGGACGACAGGAGCCAGCUCGUAAGCGGAAUUCCUGCAACGAUGACGAACCUGUUAAGGUUUUCGCAACCGGCAGCCAGGCAGAAAACACGAUUUGCAUCCUCUUCGCAUCAUCUCUUAUCACUUGCAUAAACCGCCUAUAACUGUCCUUUCAUCCAGCACGCGCGGCCGACAAGAUUAACAGUGUUUUUACUACCUGCGUCGUCUAAGAGGAAAUGCAAAGGCCAAGGACGCCAAAUUCCGACGACUUCGCGAUUUUCAGUCACGCAUUCCCAACAUAACGUCACGCAGCCACUCCGCGACCACUCCGCGACCACCCCGCGGCCACCCCGCGACCACCCCGCGGCCACCCCGCGGCCACCCCGCGACCACCC